AUGCUGAAUGCUGUUUCUAGACCGAAUGCCGACCCAAGGGCGUGUGCAAACAAACCACGAUUCAUUCGAUGUGAGCUUGAGGACAAGGAUCAAUCCUAUUUCCUCAAGAUAGUCUAUGAGGCUUGCCAAUGCUACAUCGAUCCUGUUGACCUCUGCACUGCCAUUAAGCAAUGUUUGGACAAAAAAUUUGGUCCUAUGUGGCACGUUGUUGUUGGUCCCGAAUUCGGAAGUGCAGCGAGUGCUCGGGACUCCGGGGAUACCAAGCCACGCUUUCUUCGAAAGUCACUGGAACCCGAGGAUGAAACAAACUUUCUCUAUCUCGUUCGAACAACCUACACAAAUUACGAAGAUCCAGAAGAUAUGUGCACUGCUUUGAAAAGGCAGUUGGAUGAAGAAUAUGGCCCCACUUGGCACGUUGUUGUGGGUGAUUACUUUGGAAGUCAUUUUGAACACGAACCCAAGAGAUUCUGCUACAUCACGUACAUGGGCCUCUCAUUCCUCAUGUUCAAAUUUGGUUAA